AUGGAUGACAGCUUGACAUUUAAAGUCUCCAGUACCAGUCCAACUGUUGCAGUGAAUCAAAAUAAAGAGGAAAAGAAGAAAGAAAAUGAAGCUGUGAAGCGACAUCAGAAUGAUCUACAGUGUGAGCCAAGCUUCAUAGAAGACAGACUGAAGCUUUACGAAACACUGAAAAAAGAACAUGAUGCUUUGCUAGCUUACAGAGCAGCCAACCAGAGCAAAACUAUCAAAAUUACUCUGACAGAUGGAAAGAUGGCUGAAGGGGAAUCUUGGAAAACCACGCCAUAUCAAGUAGCUGUAGGAAUUAGUCAAAUGUUGGCUUCAAAUGCAGUCAUAGCCAAAGUGAAUGGUGAAUUGUGGGACCUGGAUCGUCCACUGGAGGGAGAUUGUACUCUGGAGCUGCUUAUGUUUGAUAAUGAAGAAGCAAAAGCUGUUUAUUGGCAUUCAAGUGCUCAUAUUCUUGGAGAGGCCAUGGAAGGUUAUUUUGGGGGCUGCUUAUGCUAUGGACCACCAAUUGAGAAUGGAUUUUAUUAUGACAUGUACACUGAAGAUAGAGGUGUAUCUAGUACUGAAUUCCCACUACUAGAGAACCGCUGUAAAAAUAUCAUAAAAGAGAAGCAGGCUUUUGAAAGGCUGGAAGUCAAAAAGGAGAUCCUGUUAGACAUGUUUAAGUAUAACAAGUUUAAGUGUCGUAUCCUUAAUGAGAAGGUGAACACACCAACCACCACAAUAUACAGAUGUGGUCCGCUGAUUGAUCUCUGCAGGGGUCCACAUGUAAGACACACUGGAAAAAUUAAGACCCUUAAAAUAGUUAAGAAUUCCUCUACGUAUUGGGAAGGAAAAUCUGAUAUGGAAACUCUACAAAGAAUAUAUGGAAUAUCCUUUCCUGAUAACAAAAUGAUGAAGGAAUGGGAAAAAUUCCAGGAAGAAGCCAGAAACCGGGACCACAGGAAAAUUGGAAAGGAGCAAGAACUCUUCUUCUUUCAUGAUUUGAGUCCUGGAAGCUGCUUUUUCCUCCCCAGAGGUGCCUUUCUUUACAACACACUCGUGGAUUUCAUACGAGAGGAAUAUCACAGGCGUAAUUUUACUGAAGUUGUAUCUCCGAACAUCUUCAACAGUAAACUCUGGGAAGCUUCAGGACACUGGCAGCACUACAGUGAAAAUAUGUUCUCUUUUGAGAUUGAGAAGGAAACUUUUGCCCUUAAACCGAUGAAUUGUCCAGGACAUUGCUUGAUGUUUGCCCAUCGCCCACGAUCCUGGAGGGAAAUGCCUCUUAGACUUGCAGAUUUUGGGGUUCUUCACCGAAAUGAACUCUCUGGGACUUUAAGUGGCUUGACUCGUGUAAGGCGCUUCCAACAAGACGAUGCUCACAUCUUUUGCACAAUAGAACAGAUUGAAGAAGAAAUAAAGGGCUGUCUUGAUUUCUUGAAGUCAGUUUAUGCUGUCUUUGGUUUUACCUUUCAAUUACAUCUUUCUACAAGACCAGAAAACUAUCUAGGAGAGUUAGAGAUCUGGGAUCAUGCAGAAAAGCAACUUCAAAACAGCUUGGAUAACUUUGGAGAGCAAUGGAAUUUGAAUCCAGGAGAUGGAGCAUUUUAUGGUCCUAAGAUUGAUAUUAAAAUCAAAGAUGCUAUUGGCAGGUACCAUCAAUGUGCUACUAUCCAACUUGACUUCCAACUACCCAUUCGAUUUAAUCUUACUUAUGUUGGUAAGGAUGGUGAUGAUAAAAAAAGGCCAGUGAUUAUUCACAGAGCUAUUUUGGGAUCUGUGGAGAGAAUGAUAGCUAUUCUAGCAGAAAAUUACGGAGGAAAAUGGCCGUUCUGGCUGUCUCCACGGCAGGUGAUGGUUGUGCCUGUGGGACCCGCUUCUGAAGAGUACGCCCAGCAGGUUUGCAGCAAAUUUUUUGAAGCAGGAUUUAUGUCGGAUGUGGAUCUAGAUCAAAGUUGCACGUUAAACAAGAAAAUUAGAAAUGCACAGCUGGCCCAGUAUAACUUUAUCUUAGUGGUUGGAGAAAAGGAGAAAGCAAAUAAUGCUGUCAACGUGCGAACAAGAGACAACAAAGUUCAUGGAGAGAUUUCAGUAUCUUCUGCUAUUGAAAAACUCAAAAAAUUUAAGAGUUCACAUGUCUCAAAUGCAGAAGAAGAAUUCUGAUGUUGUUGUUAGCAAAAAAAAAAAUUAUUAGCCGCCUAUGUGAAGCUCAAAAUAAACAAAUGUAGCAAUGUUGGUGCCCAGAAAUAGCAUGAAAGGAGCUGCCGACUCCUUUGACAAUCCCAUGGGAUUUCAAUCUGUGCAAGUUUGUUUAAGAAGUCCUACAUCUCUGCUAAAAUAUGUUGGGUUUGUUGUGGCAAUAAGUCAAGGCUGGGAAGCGCAUUGGCCGCUGCUACGGCUGCUGAGCUGCCUCAGUCACGUAGCAGCUGCAUGACUGGUGUGACCUGGAGUCCAAGGCUUGCCAGUUGGGGGGUGCAUCAGGAACAUUUGGGUUUUGGGGUUUUCUUGAACUUCAGAUUUUCUUUUUUUU